UAUAAUUUAGUGAACGGGACGUUCCUUCAACAACAACAGCUAGUCAGACACCUCGGUAGCUUUCUAGCAAACAUAGCUACAACUUUCACGCUCUUGACACUGUUUUGGUGUUUAUUAGUCCAUGUGUAUUAAACACACUUCUGUCGUAUGUACUUGUUGGCCCAUUUAAUUAUAUAUUUACGUUGUUUGUCAGCUAGCUGGUUUGCUAAGUUAGUUUAGAACUAGGCUAGUCUCUAAUGCUAGCUAGCUAACAUCCCCGACCAUGAGUUCACUAAGCUACUCUCCUCUUGAUAAAGAAGAGGAGGUCUGCUGGACGGAGAAAGAAGCUCUUGUGAAAGAGGAGGAUGUUACAAUACGAAAACAAGUAGAGGGUGAGGCUGUUACCGUGAAAGAAGAAGAGAAAGACGCGUUCAGAGUGAAAGAAGAGGAGGAUGUAGUCUUUGGAGUGAAAGAGGAGGAGGGGGAGAUGACUGUCACAUUGGAGGAAGAAGAGGAGGUUGGAGAUCUGUUUAACACCAAAGAGGAGGUCUGCUGGAUGGAGAAAGAAGCUCUGGGGCUGAACAUUGUCGUGAAAGAGAAGAAGGAAGAAGAGAAAGACGAUUUUGGAAUGAAGGAUGAAGAGGGGGAGAUUACUGUCACAUUAGAGGAGGACGAAGAAGAGAAGACUGGAGAUCUGAUUAACACCAGUAAUUACAGAGAGAGACGGGACUACAGUGGGUCCUCGGGGGAGCUUCAACAACAUCAUGAUGCUGACAAGGCAGAGAAGAGUCUCUCCAGAUCAGAACACCUCAAGAAACAUCAGCGGAGACCCACAGGGAAGAAAUCUCACCGCUGCUCUGACUGUGGGAAAGGUUUUAAAUCUUCAUCAGAACUUAAAAUACACCAACGAGUACACACAAGAGAGAAAUCUUACCACUGUUUUGAUUGUGGGAAGAGCUACUUAAGAUCAAAUUCACUAAAAGUACACAUGAGAAUUCACACAGGAGAGAAACCGUUUAUCUGUGAUCAAUGUGGGAAGAGUUUUACUACAUCAAGCCAUUGGAUUGUACACCAGAGAACACACACAGGAGAGAAACCUUAUAGCUGUACUCAAUGUGGGAAGAGUUUUACUCAGUCAAGCAACCUGUUAUCACACCAGAGAAAACACACAGGAGAGAAAUCUUAUAGUUGUAAUCAAUGUGGGAAGAGUUUUACUCAGUCAAACAUCCUGGUAUCACAUGAGAGAAUACACACAGGAGAGAAACCUUAUAGCUGUGAUCAAUGUGGGAAGAGUUUUACUACAUCUAGCCAUCUGACUGUCCACCGGAGAACACACACAGGAGAGAAACCUUAUAGCUGUACUCAAUGUGGGAUUAGUUUUACUCACUCAAGCAGCAUGUUAUCACACCAGAGAAAACACACAGGAGAGAAAUCUUAUAGCUGUAAUCAAUGUGGGAAGAGUUUUGUUACAUCUAGCCAUCUGACUAUACACCAGAGAACACACACAGGAGAGAAACCUCAUAGCUGUGAUCAAUGUGACAAGAGAUACUCUGAUAAAAGAUCUCUGAUCAAACAUCAGAAAAUACAUACAUGAAGGAGUUGUUUCAUGAUAUCAAUGAAAUAAAAUCUCACAGUGUAUAAUGUUUAAACAUUGUAGUAGGAGUAUUUGAAUAAUGGAGAACCCUAAUUGUUUGCCUCCUGUUCUAUUGAUUUCAGCAUGAUAUGGGUAUUAGCCUCAUCAGUGGAAAUUGUUUUGUACUUUGCUGCAUUCAUCUUUCCCUUAAUCUUGAUCAGUCUACCAGUCCCUGCCAUUGAAAAAUAUCCCCACUGCAUGAUGCUGCCAACACCAUGCUUCACCGUAGGGAUGGUGCCUGGUUUCCUCCAGACGUGAUGCUUGGCAUCCAGGCCGAAGAGUUUAAUCUUGGUUUCAUCAGAACAGAGAAUCUGAACUCCAAGUGGGCUGUCAUGUGACUUUUAUUGAGGAGUGGCUUCCGUCUAGCCACUCUAUCGUAAAGGUCUGAUUGGUGGAGUGCUGUGUAGAUGGUUGUCCUUCUGGAAGGUUCUCCCAUCUCCACAGAGGAACUCUGGAGCUCUGUCAGAGUGACCAGUGGGUUCUUGGUCACCUCCCUGACCAAGGCCCUUCUCCCCUGAUUGUUCUGUUUGAAAUGGAUGCCAGCUCUCGGAAGAGUCUUGGUGGUUUCAACUGUCUUACAUUUUAGAAUGAUGGAGGCCACUGUGUUCUUAGGGACCUUCAAUACUGCAGAAAUGUUUUGGUACCCUUCCUCAGAUCUGUGCUUUGACACAAUCCUGUCUCGAAGCUCUACGGACAAUUCCUUCGCCCGCAUGGCUUGGUUUUUUCUCUGACAUGAAUUUAUGGCAGGUGGGCUCCAAUGAAGUUGUAGAAACAUCUCAAGGAUGAUUAAUGGAAACAGGAUGCACCUGAGCUCAAUUUUGAGUCUCAUAGCAAAGGGUCUAAAUAAGGUAUUUCUGUUUUUCACUUUGUCAUUAUCGGGUAUUGUGAUGUCAUUAUGGGGUAUUGUGUGUAGGUUGAUGAGGAAAAUAUUAUUUAAUCCAUUUUAGAAUAAGGCUGUAACGUAACAAAAUGUGAAUGUUCUGAAUAUGCUGUUGGUUUACUGUUAGAAUAAGUUGUAUGACUACACCAAUACUGUUAAAGCAACGAUGCAGAGACCUAGAAAAUACAUGGCCAACCUUGCCAAACCUUGGUUUCUGUUCCAGCCCUGCACUAACAGCUGACAUUGUGCUGAUUAUUUGGAUUAGACACUAUUCAACUAUUCAAUCAUGUCUUGUUUUGGAGUCAGAUGGAUGUCUAUACCCACUGCCCAUUUCCACAGGUGUUCUUUAUGAUAGGAAAUAAAGGGCUGAUUCACAGAAUGAA